ACCAACUCAGUUUCUAAUCUUUCACUCAUCAAUAUGGCACCAUUGAUUUUAUUCUUAAUUCUUUUAUUGAGUUCAAAAUACUUAGUUUUUUCUCAAGAAAUUGAUCAAUUCAUCUACAAUGGAUUUAAAGGAGCUAAUCUGAGUCUCAAUGGUGCAGCAAAAAUUCAUCCAAAUGGUCUAUUAGAGCUAACAAACACUUCACAUCAGCAAAUUGGUCAUGCUUUUUUUCCGUUUCCAAUGCGUUUCAAUUCGGUUUCAUUUUCUACAAGUUUUGUGUUUGCUAUGGUUCCUGACUCACCUGGACUCGAUGGUCAUGGUAUAGCUUUUGUAAUUUCACCAUCUACUGAGUUCAGAGGAGCUAUAGCAACUCAGUAUCUCGGUCUUUUUAAUUCUACUACAAUUGGUUUGGCAUCAAAUCAUUUGCUAGCUAUUGAGUUAGAUGCUGUAAGAAACCCUGAAUUUAGUGAUAUUAAUGGUAAUCAUGUCGGAAUAGACGUCAAUGAUUUGACGUCGAUUCUGUCACGUCCGGCGUCUUACUUGUCCGACAAGGAUGCGGAAAACAAGAACUUGGAGCUUACGAGCGGAAGGCCAAUGCAAUUGUGGAUAGAUUAUAAUGCAACGGAGAGGACACUUGAUGUAACUCUAGCUCCUAUUGAUAAAAUAAAGCCGAAAACGCCUCUUUUAUCGACGAAAAUCAAUCUUUCCACGGUUCUUUUGGAGUUCAUGUAUGUUGGUUUCUCUGCUUCUACAGGUUCUGUUGCUAGUAAUCAUUACAUUCUUGGAUGGAGCUUCAAUCAGAGUGGACAAGCGCGAAGUCUUGAACUUGCGAAUCUUCCUUCGCUUCCCGACGAAGGAAAAUCAAGAGAAAAAUUAGUAAGGAAUACUAUGAUUAUAUUAGUAAUAAUAUUAACUAUUUUGAUCAUAACAAUCUCUGGAACUAUCUACAUAAUGAGAAAAAGAUAUUCAGAACUCCACGAAGAUUGGGAGCAACAAUACGGUCCUCAAAGAUUUUCCUACAAAGAUCUUUAUAAAGCAACAAAAGGUUUUAAAGACAAAGGGCUACUUGGUUCCGGAGGUUUCGGAAAGGUUUAUAAAGGAAUUUUACCUAAUUCUAAUGUAGAAGUUGCUGUCAAGAAAGUUUCACAUGAUUCGAAACAAGGAAUGAAGGAAUUCGUAGCGGAAAUCGCGAGUAUGGGAAGGCUAAGGCACCGGAACCUAGUAAAUCUCCUCGGUUAUUGUCGACGAAAAGGCGAGCUUUUCUUAGUGUAUGAUCACAUGCCUAAUGGAAGUCUUGACAAAUUCUUAUUCACCAAUGAGAAACCGAAUCUCGAUUGGAUUCGUCGAUAUCAAAUCAUUAAAGGAGUUGCAUCGGCUCUUUAUUAUCUACACGAAGAAUGGGAACAAGUAGUUCUACGUAGAGAUAUAAAAUCUAGCAAUGUACUAUUAGAUAUUGAUCUAAAUGGGAGAUUAGGAGAUUUCGGACUUGCAAAAUUUUACGACCACGGUUCGACUCUUCAAACGACUCGUGUAGUCGGAACAUUAGGAUAUCUCGCUCCGGAACUCACUACAACAGGAAAAGCUACAACUCGUAGUGAUAUUUUUGCAUUUGGAAUCUUCAUGCUCGAGGUAGCAUGCGGAAGAAAGCCCGUAAAGCCCGAACGGGUCCCGGAAGAAGUCGUUUUGGUAGAUUGGGUUGGUGAAUGUUGGAAUAGAGGGGAGAUUCUGAGGACUAUUGAUCCAAGAUUGGAAGAUAGCUACGUGGUGGAUGAAAUCGAGUUGGUUUUAAAGCUCGGAUUGCUUUGCACGCAAGGUAGGCCGAUAAAUCGGCCUACGAUGAGGCAAGUGAUGCAAUAUUUAGAUGGAAAUGCCAACUUGCCGGAGAUGACAUUGCAGAAUGUAGAUACGGGGUUUUUGGCUAUUCCUGUUGUUGAAUGUGAAGAGAGUUUUCUUUGUUAUUCUUUGUCCGAUUCUGAUUCAAUCCUGACAAUUGGUCGUUGAAUCUCGAAUUUCUUAAUUAAUGGAAUUCUUUUUAACUAUU